AAACAAGAGCUAAUAAAAUCUUUGAUGGACUGGAGUAUUCGCAGAUAAAUAUGGGAGACUACAAUUUCUUUAGUUAUUUUAUUAUCUAAGUUAAAUAGUGCAUUUGGGAAGCAAUGGCUGCUCUAUGCAUCUGACUAGAACAGGUGCCAUUGUUUCCAGUGUAGCAAGGCAAGUGGAGAAGUAUUGUUUUCUAUGAAGUAUUGUCAUUCUACUCCCUGGCUUUUGGUGGGUUUCAUAACGCUGGUAAUAGAUCGCGUUUCUUCAGACUUAAUUCAGCAACAAAAUGAAAUGGCUGACCUGAAGUGUGAUAAUGAUCAAAUGAAGAUAACACUUUUGAGUAGUGUGCUUGAUGAACUGGAUAUAAAUGCAUCUCAGCUGCACAUGAACAACCCAUUGUGUAAUAUGCAAAAUACCUCUGUUCUGUAUUUGUCCAUAGUUCUAACACAUGAAAACCACACUUUCUGUGGAACAGCUGUGCAGGUAAAUGGUUCUCAUUUGAUUUAUUCCAAUGAGCUGACAUCAGGGACGAGCUUCGUGAACCAGCCAGUGGGUCCAGGAUCUCUUAUAACUAGAUCUUCUGAUAUUCGAAUCCAUUUCUCCUGUGUAUAUAAAUAUGAUGGAGUAGUGUCUCUGCCGUACCCUCUGCUAACCAGCUUUUCGUCGGUGACUUUUGUGGUUAAAGAAGGAAUUUUUAAUGUCACUAUGACUCUGUAUCCAACAUCUGAAUUCAAGCAGCCAUAUGAGUGGUUGCCAGUCAUCCCACUUUCUCAAAACCUUAAUGUUCAGCUCCAAGUUCAUGAACAUGAUCUAGACAAUUACUUCUCAUUAAGAAUAGAGGACUGCUGGGCUACACCAACGGCUAAUCCUGAAGACAAGAUAAGAUAUCCUAUCAUCUCCUCUGGGUAUCCAAAUGACACGACUGUGGCUAUGAUCCAGACUCUUGACAAUUCUCUGACCCGCUUCGUUAUGCAGAUGUUUCACUUUAUUAAUUAUUCCGAAGUUUACUUACACUGCAAAGUCUUGCUCUGCCAGCCUAACUCAACUGUUUUCUGUAACCGGCCUGAUCCAUAUGUUGGACGAAAGAAAAGGGAUCUUGAAAGCGACUACAGUAAAAUUGUGUCUUAUGGACCAAUUACACUAACCGCAACUCCAUUAUCUGGUGUUGAAAGAGCAGAAAGCGGUAUGAGCGACCUUGCACUGCUGGGAUCAGUUUCUGCAGGAACCAUGUUUGUUGCUCUGUUCUUUGUAGUAAUUGCUAAAUCUUUAAAAUGGAUAAGAAAGCUAAAUGGACCAACCACCUACAAAGUUCAAGCCACACCUUAACUUGUAUAAAAAUGUACCUCUGCUGCUAAUUACUUCUAUGAUAAAUAAAUAUAUGAACCCAGAAUGCUCUGGGAUGUUUAAGGCUCUUAUUAUAAAGUGUUAAAAGGAAAUAAUGCAAUGUAUGUGUUUCAAUAUAUAGUUCUGCACAUUAAACUGCAAUGGAGAACUUCAAUUAAGAAAUGUGUGUUGUGGUUUAUUUCUAAAAUGUAUCUUAUUUGAGAAUUGCAGUGGAUCACAAGACUGUUUGCAUGUAUAAAUUUAUGCCAGCGUUUGUUGACCCCCCCUUU